AUGAGCCGUAAACUGAUUGAUCAGUCAAUUACUUUUUCUGCUAUUGCUGUGGAAGAAGAUCAACAAGGAAAUCAUCCAUGUGCAUUAGAUUUAUACUUGACUGCUCUCGAAAGUUUACUCUAUGCAAUGCCAAUUCAUUCUGAUGCGAAACGAAAGGAAGCUGUCAAACAAAAAUUACGAUCAUAUAUCGAUAAUGUCGGUCUAUCCGAUGACUUUAUUGCUCCACCGCAAAACACCACCUUAACCUAUUCAUUAUACUCAUCCAACAGUCCGACCGACUCGAUAUUCUCACCAACUAGCCCAACAUCUCAAGAUUACGAGAAACAUCCCCAAGCUCAACCAGGUCCCUCCAUCUCUGAAUACAUCAUCAACGGGGCGAUCAACUCUGCCGUUGCGCUAAAACAAUCGCCAAUUCCGGAUGCGAUAUCCGCCACGAUAAACUACACGAUGAAAAAAUUCAAGCAGAUCGAUGAUACUUAUGGGUUGCAGGAAAAGGCAUGGGAAAUUUCUCGAACUGGAAUGACUAUGGCGUUAGAGAUUGAUCAGCAAUAUAAUGUGCACGAAAAAGUUGGAAAUGCUAUUUUUACAGGUUUGGCUGCGGCUAUGAGAGCUGGAAUAGCGUAUAAGGAUUCACCAUCGUAUCGAGAGUUGAAAAGGGCUCGCUUAUCGAAAUUUCUAUCAUUUCAUAUAAACAAUAAGGAUAGUUCUUUUCAAGCUGUUGAAAUUUUGAUGAAAGCGCCAUUUGCAAUUUGA